GCUCUUUGACAUAAUUUUACACUUCGAUCGCAAUCAUCAAUAUCGAAGAGCGAGAGCAUGAAUUUGGCAAUAUAUAGGCAGAGUGUUUCUGAAAGAUAAUUAGAGGCGCGAGACACUGCUUUCACCGUGUCUCUUGAUAAGUAUUGUAAUAGCAUCGAGAUCACAGUUGGAGAUUUAUAUAUUGACCAAUUUGCGAUGCUAUUGUCAAAUUUGUCCUUUGCGACAUAAACAUUAUAAAAACUCGCUAAUGUCGUGGAAUGAAGUCUCUGUACUGAUUGUGAUUUUAGUGUACCCUGGUAUCUCUCUCGAGACAGACAUACGAAGCUGAUUUACUUACUACACACACCACGUAACGAUGAGCACGACCAAGUCGGACAUUUCGAUAGACGAGGGAACAUACGUGGGAUGGAUAAAAUCGGCGGUGGACAGAGCGGCACGAACCUGGAUCGGUCUGAUCGUCCUGAAACAGAUGGACACCUUUCUGUGGAUCGUAGAAAAGUCCAUGGAAUGGAGUCUACCACGGAAUGAAGAUAUUUCAGAGAACGAGGAGUCUCGGAGGGCGGACCUCGUGAGACCGAUGCCGUGGCCACUUUUCUUGCCAACUCUGCUGUUUUUGCGUGUGAUCAGAGCGAGCCUGAAUGCGGGUGCUUUUAUGCUAGGCCUCCCUCUAGUCUCGUCGGUCUCAAUGGUGAGAUUCGUGCAGAGAAGCCGCUAUCGCUUGGCAAGCGUCAGGCAAGGUAACAGGAGCAGACCGUCCGAAAAAAUGAGACUCAAGCGGGACGCCCAGGACAAGAGAUUGUCGAUGUACCAGGCCAAGAAGGCCCUGAUCAGAUCCAUUCGCUUGACCUUGUCGACUCUAUCCUGCCUGGACGGAUCCAAACCCUCCCUGUCACCACCGCCCACCAGAAUUCACAUUAGCGCCCUCGAUCUCGAUGCAGCGACGAUAACUGGUGGGAAAUCAGCGACGGAGUCGGCCAUGAGUCCUGUUCUCGAGGAGAAGCAGAGAGAGGAGCCGACGUCCGCGACGAAAUCCGAUAUUACCGAGACCGAGACCGAGACCGAGACCGAGGCCGAGCUGGGAAGGAACGAGCAACUCGUCGACACCUCUCACGAUGUCACCAUGAGCGAUAGAACGACGACGAGGGGAGAAGAGAGCGGCACGGAGCAGAGCUACGACGAGCAAAAUGAAGAUGAGCAGAGCGACGAGGAGGGGAGCGACGAUGAUGAGGAGGAGCAGGAGGGUGAGAGCGAUUCGGAGAGACACGGAGAGAAGGGAAAAGGCGAGGAAAAGGCCAGCAAGGUAGAGAGCGACAAGGCAGAAUGCGAUUUGCAGGCCGAACAGACUGGCAACUCGAACACCGAGAACAAUUCUCCGGAGAAAACACCCGCCCUCAGCCAGGACAGCGACACCCAUUUCUUCUCCCCGGUCGAGUCGAGCGCCUCGAGAUCGAGGAGCUCGAGCGAUUCGAGGGACUCGAGCAUCUCGAACGGCACUCCGAGACGACCGGGCGGGGGCUCAUCCUCGAAUAUGUCCGUUCAGAACUCCCACCAGAGAAAUAGCUUAAAGAGAAGCGAGUACGGCAACGGCGAGGCGUGUUUCAUCACGGAGCAAACAACAUCGGAUCGAAAAAUCGACGUAACGAAGAACCGAAGCCCCCGAGACUCGACGGGACGAUCGUUCGAAGAGACCAAUAAUGGCGCGGUGAUGGGCAAGCGCGGUACAAAUGCGACCAAAUAUCACCACCAUCACCACCGGGGUAAACGUACGAGUCACGGCAAUCGCAAGAAAAAAUAAUCCAUCGUAUACGGAAACGGGAUAAGACGGAAACGGGAUGAGAAAGGAGCGGAAAGGAGGGAGAGAGAUGGAUGAGAGAGAAAGAGCGCUUCCAAUAUUUUCACAGAGUACGUCGAAAGGAGAGAUUAUUAUUGGGGAUACAAUAUCGCGGAGCGGUAUCGCGAGUGUGAUUGACAGUUACGCAAUUGUUGAGGAUUGAGAUUAAGAUUUGGAAUAAAGAGAUAUAUUUGUUCGCCAUCACGGUCGCUGUGAUAGAGAGCGGUGCCGAUACGGCUAUCUCGAUGUGCUCGUAUCAAAUUCGAGUCUCUGAAGAGUUAUCGGAGCCAUCCAAGUUAUUCCUUGAUUAUUACUUGGAGUACAUAAAAGUGCACGCAGGAUCCGCGUCGAGAUCCUGAAUGCGAUGAAAGUUGUCGAAAAAGAGAGAGAGAGAGAGAGAGAGAGAGAGAGAGAGAGAGAGAGAGAGAUCACGACUUUUUUAUUUCUAUUUAUCGGGAAGCAUGAUCCAAGUCGGCCGGUCCAAAGUACUCCGUCGUUAUCUCGCUCGCUCGCUCGCUCGCAGCAAUCUCCCGCUGCUUUUUUCGAUAAUAACAUAAUUAUAGUUUGCGCGACACGACAGAGAAAACGAAAAAGAAGCAAAGAAAGAGAAAGAGAAAGAGAAAGAGAAAGAGAAAGAAAACGAGACAGCAAGAUGCACAAUCGCGGAGCUUCGAAUUAACUUUGUACGUUGUUUGUCGGCGUUUUUGAGAGAAAUCGCAUUUUUGCAUUAUCAUCUAGUAGUCUAAAGUAAUUCACGUGACACGGCAACAGUGUGAUUAGUUUGACAACUGAUCAAUUGGAAGAAACAACAGCGUCUUGGGCUUGGGCGAAUGGCCACGAUAGGGCUUCGCCCAAGCCCAAGUGGUGGUCGACACAGACAGACGAUGCGAGCGAGUGCAUUUAAAUCGCGGUCGCAAUACGCGCGACCAAAGUACGCGAGUAUUAUCAUAUUUAGACUAAACACCGCGUCGCGUUUGUGAGCGUAACAAUUGCAUAAUUCCCGUGUAAUCUUGACACUGCGAGCGCUGUUUACUCUUCGAUUACGCAUUAAUGCAGAAGUAACCGCGCGCGCGCGAGAAAAUCGCGCGAGUAAAGGUGUCUGCGCUGCGUGUUAUUUUUGAAGACGUUCGUCGAUCGAUUCUCUCUCUCUCUCUCUUCCGCCUCUCUCUCUCUCUCUCUCUCUCUCUCCAUCUCUCUCCAAUUGUGCAAUAGUUACUAAUGAUAACGUCAGUAAUAUUAUUUAUACGAUACCGCGCGCACACAACACACAACGCGCCUCUCUGCGGCGGCGGCGGCGGCGGCGGCGGCGGCGACGGACGCUGGUCGGAUAAUACGAUGCGAUCGAUAGCGCGGUCGCAAGCGCAGUCCGGAAGCGGAAUUAUUGCCAUUGCGCCAUCGUUCGUUCACGCAUCUCGUCCAUUCUGAUCUCGAUCAUCGUGUCAAAUUUACAAAAUCCGCUCGCGCGGAUCGUCGGCAGAAACGACGUCGUAAUUUAUAAUCCUACACACACACACACA